AUGUCUUAGUCAUAGUAAAAGGAAAUAACAGAUUAUUGUGUUAAUGUUCUGAAAUGGACCAGAGAUCAAGUCCAAGUGUAUGGGCCUUAAUGUUCAUGGGAUAAGGAAAAGAUGAUAAAAACUUAUAACAGCUUUCUCCCCGAUAAUCUUCAAGGCAGACCUCAGGCAGUAAAUUCACAUCAAUUAUUGUUUAGCAAAUAAUUGAUUAGGAAGCGCCGAAUCAACUUGAAAUUGAUGAGGACGAAUAAUUGCAAUAAGCAUUAAUUGCUUCUUAAUUUGAAUAAGACAAUAUACCAAUCAGAGAUAGAUUAAAACAUGAUUACUACCCUGUAGGGAUAUAGAACUUGGGGAACACUUGCUAUUUCAAUUGUCUUUUAUAGAUAGUUUUUUAUAAUCCUAAAUUGGUUGAAGAGAUUUUGUAGUAUAAAUCAUAAGAAAAUAAUCCACCUGGAGAAAAUCUUCAGCACCUCAGUCAGAAUUUUAUGAUUCAACUUCAGCAUGUAAUUGCUUAAUAAAUGCUAUGGAAUUAGAAGUAUUUGAAGCCAAUAUUAUUCUAUGAGGCUACAGCAAAGUUUGAGAAGCAGAAACCGAAUUAAAAAGUGGUUUCAAAUAACGAGUUUAGAGAUUUAAGUGAAUACUUUACUUUCUUUAUGGAACUAAUUGAUUAAUCUCUCAGCAGGAAUUUCAAUAAGCUGAAUGAUGAAAUCAACUUCUUUUAUAAUCAAUAGUUGGAAAUGCAAUAUAUUAUAAAGCAAGACAAAUAGCCUUAAUUGUAAUGGCAUGUGGGCAUAUAGCACAAGCAAAUCUAUAGUUUUUUAUAUAAAGAAAUCAUUGAAAACAAAACCUAAAUAAAAGAGCUGCCUAGAAAUCUUAUUUUCACAAUAGGAAGAACAGAUCAUUAAAAUAAAAAAAUAGAGGAUGAGUUCCAUUUUCCUUAGGAAUUGUAUUUAGAUUUUGUUUUGGGCAAUUAAUAAGCUACUGAACAUGUUUAGAAAUAUAUCAAUUAAUAAUACUAAACCUAUAAAGUUCAUCAAUAAAGUAAACUAAUCCAUCUAUCUUUAUAGUAAAAAAGCAAGUGGAUGCCUUUGAGAAAGUUAUCAAUUACUAUGAAUCACUCCCAACUUUUGAUACGUUUAUUCUCAACAGUUUGAAGUUCGAGCACAAACAGAAGAUUUAAGAAAUGAAACAAUAUUUUCCAUUGAAUUACCAUCUCCUGAAUUAGGAGUUAGAAAAGUCUUCUAAGCAUCUAUAUCAAUUGGCUCAAAUAGUUAUUCACACAGGUAGUAUUAAUUAGGGUCAUUACUAUUUGUAUCAAUACAAUUUCCAUAUGAAGAAAUGGUUUAAAUACAAUGACUCAGUCGUUUUAAUCUAAACAGAAUAAGAAAUAAUGAGUGAUUCCAUUAGAUAAGGAAAUAUUCUCAUUUACAUAAAUUAGGAACAAAAAAAGAAAGUGGUACAAUAUUAAUAACAAUUAUAUGAUAUUGAAACCAUUAGAAAAAUAAGGGGUGAUUAAUUGCUGAAAUAGGAUAAUCACCAAUAUGAUUACUUGUCCAUGAUUCCAAAUCAUAUAGGCAAGGAAGUAAUAUAAAGCAACACCACCUUUCAAAACCAAUAUAACGAAAUAAAUAAAUGA